GAGGAAAAUAAAAAUUUCUGCAAGAGAGAAUUUAACAUUGCUGAGAUAAUGAUUCGUGGAAUGCGCAUUCAUUUAAUCUGUGCGACGAACUCCAGUCUCUGCCGUGGAUGGAGAGAUGAAAUAUGUGCACUCUCGGCGCGCGCUGUCUCUGCUGGGUGCAUUAAAUCACACGUUGAACGUCUUCCUCUCGAUAUCAAGCGAUUUACUUUUUCAAUUUGCAUGCAACCGUGAAUAUGUAAUGCCGCAUGGGAGAUACAAACUACUCCGCGAGAAGAUGCUUUUUAUCCAUAUUUUUCCCUCUGCUUUGCAAACACUGGAUUCAAUAUGAAUAUGCAAUUUCGAAGCACUUCACUAGAAAAACGACUUCCACGUUGCAUUUGAUAUUGAAGGGUUUAAAAAUACAUACAAGACUCCGGUAACCGUUAAGCAAUGACUUAUUUUGUUUGAUUCCAAUAUGAAAUGUCACAAAAAAAAUGGAGUUUUUGCUGAUUCAAUUUUGGAACUUUGAUUCAGAAAUUAAAAAUGAGAUGAAUCUCCUUGAUUUCAAUCCCACCUGGUUAACAAAAUCUUAAGUUAAAUUUACUUGAAUAGAUUUUUUUUUUAUAAUUUUAACCAAAUUGCUUUUGUAAGUUUUGAUAGAAUUAGUCUAUUGGCAUCAGUCUGGUUGGGUUUUAAUCAGCAAUCUCCGUUUUAUUUAACAAUAAAUUUUUUUCUGCUGCUAAUGCACACAGUGAAAUUUUUUCCCAAUAUUUAUCAAAAUUUUAAUUAGACUUGCAUACAACUUUUUUCUGCUGCUUAAGUCAUCAAAUGUGCCCAAAUCAUGUAUUUUUAAAUGAUUUAUAAUUAAAAAUUAUAAUUGACUGAAGCAGAAUUAUGUAAAUUUGGCUAGUAAAGAUAAAAAAUUCGUGAAUUUCAAAGGAAAACAUGCAUAAGUUUAAUAUGAUUGUAAGAUAAAAUUGUGAAUAAUUAUAAACCUUCUGCCAAACUUGAAUUAAUUUAGCUUCAAAGCUACUUUAUUGUGAUAGAACAAAGUUAAAAUGAAUUUAAGUUCAUCAUGAUAAAUCGCUACAAUUGUGGUACUAAUCAGUGCUGAUUUGAAGAUAAGUAGCAGACAAAUAAAAAAAAUUCAAAUUUUAAUUUGUGCAAAUUUUUUAGCCUCUUUAAAUAUGACCAUUUUUAAUAUAAACCAAUUCUGAAUUGAAGCAUCAGGAAGCAAAAAAUUCAAUUAGUAAGUCAAGUGAUUCAAAUUCCUUUCACGCGGUGCUGCCUAAUUGGACAAUUAAGUUGCCGCGUUUGCCGAGCAUUAAUUUUAAUUUGGCUGGCAGGGCGGCCCAGUGUUAUAUUUUAUAAGCUCUGCUCGGGGGACAAAUAAUAUACGCGUGUAUAAUGGAAUGGCGCGCGCUGUGGAUUUUCGCCGUUUGAAGCGGCCAAAUAUUAUUCAUCCCUUUUACGAGCGGACGUUAACGGGCGCCGCUCUUCGAAACAACAAACCCUUGUUGCGAAUCCAUUUACGGCCCCAAUUCGAGCUCAUUAGCCUGCGUUAGGACUCGAGGAGAGCGACCGACUCUCCGUUUAACGGACGAGGAUGAGCGCUCGCGAGAAGAAUAAGAGCACUCAAGACCGUAAUUUAAUGACGAAUGAGGCUAAACUCCCCCGAGGAGGGGGUGCAGGGGUAAAGGGUGAACGAUAGUUGUAAUUUCAAAACGCUUGAGGGGUGCCUCUUUCAGCAAGACGGGCUUAACUCGAUAAUUACAAACUCAUGAUGAGAGUGCAAAGAAAGUGAAACGUUCUCUACAAAAUGGAAUUAGAAGUUUACGUCACAAACUUGCAAAAUGUAUAAAUCUAAAAAUUGCUUCCAUUCCAAUUUAAUUGCAAAUAUAUUAUUUAAUAAUCAUUCACUUAAAUCUGAAAUUCGUGAUCGAGGAACUGAUAAAUUUGUUCUUAAAUACAAUUUUGAGAGAAAACUGUUGAGCAAAAACUUCUUUAUGGAUUGUGCUUUCAUCCGUGAAUUAAGAGACUUAAAAAAGUGACUUUCUAUAAACUUUCAGAAUUUAAAAUUUUGAUUCCAUUUUUAGUUUCAGAAAAGAUGAAUUAGGGUUUUUGGGGGAAUAUUUCUGGUCUUAAAUUUCAAGUUGAACAACCUUGCUUUCAAUAUGAAAGGUUUUUUUUUCAAAGAUCUCUGAUGAAAAAGUAAAAGUUUGAUGAUCAUAUUUUUAAGGGGUAAAAGAAAAACCUGAAAAACACGCAAAAUUUUGUUUACUUGGACGAUUUCCAAUCUGUAAUUUGCAUUCGUUCUUACGUUAUUAUGCGGCUCUAAAUGUCAGAAGAAUCAACUUUUUCAAACAAAUAAUUAUAUGUUUUGAAUCGUACCAAGUUCGAUUAUUUCUAGAUUAUUUUUUUCUGCAAGAUUCAAUUUACUCUGCAAGAAAUGGGAUUUUUUGAGGUGCUAAAAAUAUUUCAAAUUAUUUAAUGAAACAAACUCCCAAAAUUUAUUUAUUCCAACAAUAAAGCUUUCAUUCAAAGCGUUUUUUUUUUCCUUUCCUUUGGCCAGAAAACUUAUGUUAUUUUUGCACUUUUUCACUCCUUUCUCCGAAUUCCGCAAGAUUUUUUUUUUUCACCUCUGAUCCGAUUCUACGACGUUUGCAAAACGGACGCGAUUUUUGUGCCGAGUCGGCGGUCAGGUCGGGGGGUUGAUUUAAGAGUUGACGAGGCCCAGGUGGGGGCGAUUUGCGAAUGCCUUUGGCCGCUGCACAAUGGCCAAUUGAUCGUCGGACACACGAGCGGCGCUGGAGGAGCGAUAAAUUUGAAUCUGGCCGGCGGGCGCUGGUGCAGAUUGCGUCCAUUAGCGGCCGAGGAUGCUCUUUUACGGCCAGACCCUUGGGAACUCGCUCUCGUAAACACAGCCGCGGGCCAGAUAAAAGCGCAGGACCUCAAAAAUUCGUCAUUCGACGGCGUUCGCUUCUUCGGCCCCCGAGCCAAGCAGAGUGCGAAACGAAAUUAUGGGCCCACUUUUCUUUUACGUGCCCCCGCAAAGUGGCCGUCAAGAGAGAGAUAAGUGUUGAACCUUUUGCGGAGGCAGAAGAAGAAACAUGGCGUCAGAAAUGGAGAGCGAGUUGUGGAUGAACCUGAGCGCGUACAACGACUCGAUGUUCGACAACGGCACCAUGGAGGGCGGCUACGUGGCGUUCAGCGACCGUCCGGAGACGUACAUCGUGCCGAUUCUGUUCGCCGUGGUGUUCGUGGUGGGCGUGCUGGGCAACGGCACCCUGGUGCUCAUCUUCGGGCGCCACCGCCGCAUGCGCAACGUGCCCAACACGUACAUCUUCUCGCUGGCCCUCGGCGACCUGUUGCUCAUCGUGACCUGCGUGCCCUUCACCUCCACCGUGUACACCAUCGAGACGUGGCCCUACGGACUCUUCAUCUGCAAACUGUCCGAGUUCGUCAAGGACCUGUCCAUCGGCGUGUCCGUCUUCACGCUGACCGCCCUGAGCGCCGACCGCUACUUUGCCAUCGUCGACCCGAUGCGCAAACACGUCGGACGCGCCACCAAAUUGACCGUCGCCAUCGCCGUCUCCAUCUGGCUGCUCGCGGCCGCCUGCGCCCUCCCGGCACUCUUCGGCUCUUAUCUCCGAUCGUUCCAGGUGAGCCCGACCCAGACAAUUCGCGUUUGCUACCCGUGGGCUGAGGAGUGGGGCGCCAACUUCCCGCGGCAAAUCGUGACGGUGCGCUUCGUCGUCUUCUACCUGGCGCCGCUGAGCGUGAUCGGCGUGUUCUACGCGUUGAUGGCGCGCCACCUUUUGAUCAGCGCCCGUCGCGGCCUGCCCGGCGAGGCGCACGCCCAGACGCGUCAGGCGGCCGCGAGGAAAAAGGUGGCCAAGACGGUGCUGGCGUUCGUGGUGGUGUUCGCCGUCUGCUUCCUGCCGCAGCACGUCUUCCUCCUCUGGUUCUACCACAACCCGUCCGCCCCGGACGACUACAACGGCUUCUGGCACGCGUUCCGCAUCGCCGGCUUCUGCAUGGCCUUCAGCAACUCGUGCGUCAACCCGAUCGCCCUCUACUGCGUCAGCGGCACCUUCCGCAAGCACUUCAAGCGCCACCUCUUCUGCUGCUGCUGUCCCGUGAGCGCCGAGGACGCGGCGCCGCCCGGCGGCACCGCCACGCGCACCCUCCGCAGCACCCUCAACCACCGCCAACCCCUCACCAGGGGCACCUCCAAGACCACCACCUGGGACUCGUGCCACUCCAUGGUCCACUUCAACAGCACCGUCCGCGGACGACCGCCCGCGGACCACGUCGCCCUCACCACCGCCCUCAACGGCUCCUCCGAAAAAACGUGAGCCGUCGCCACCCCCGAACAAGGUCAACUUGACCUCUGACCUGGCCAGAAUCGAGCUGCACACAGGGGUCCCACCCCCCACACUCCUCUUCACAAUUGGGAUCAGCGCAAAAGCUGAAUGCAUUCCUAGAUCUCUCUCUUUCGAUGGUUAAAUCUCUCUCUCUCUCUCAUUAAUAUUUAAUGUGGAAUUUUGGAAAAAAUAUCUUUCAGAGAAUGAUUGAAUCUGUAAAAUUUUAAAAAGAUACACUAAUAAUAAAUAGUCAUUACUGUACAGUAGAUUUUAGGCACAUAAAACUAUAUACAUAUAUUUUGUAAUGUGAAAAAUAAGAUUUUCUUGAUUGGUGUAUUUUUUAUUUUAAAAUUGAGACAAUUUUAACAGUUUUGUUGGGAAUAUUGUUGUUGAUUGUUGAAUUUCUAUCUAGAUAGAAUCGCAUUUAAAUAUAUGUUUUAAAAUUUCUUAAUGUUCAUAAAAGAGAUUCAAUGGCAAAAAAUGUAAUUCAUGUGAAAAUGUGUAAAAGGAUUAACCUAAAAGUGAAUCAAACUAUUCUCCGUGCAUGAUUGUAUUUUAAAAACAUUGAGGCUUUACAAAUUUAAUACUGGCUACCUCAGCUACUUCUCUAUUUUUAUCAAAAACUGCCACUUCCGUAUUUUUAAGCUUUAAAAAAAUUAUAUUAUUCUUGAAAUCACUAAAAUAAAUAGUAAUUAAUUUUCAGUUCUAAAUUACAUAAAAUUUAAAUUUAGGUUAUGACCAAUUGACUGAUGAGGACUUUUAAAAUUAUAUCAAAAAAUAUUUUAUCCCUAAUAAAUGUAAAAACGAUUUACUGUAUUAUCAACAGCACUAGCAGUAAUUUAUCUGCUCAAUCCAAGGAUUAAACUAGAGUGGAGAGGCAAAAAUAAAUUUAAUGUUCUUGACAUUUUGCGCUAACGAUAAUGAAGAGCUCAUUUACUGUAUUUUGCAUUUUUGAGAAGUUAAUUAUCAAUGAAAGUGGAACUUGUAUUGCUCAUAAUUGUCAUUGUUUGCUGUCAGUUUUAAUCUUGAAUGUGCUACGUGUUGAAUAUUGUUAUCUUUUUGUUAAUUACACCCCAAAUUUCUCAACAUAACAGAACAUUCAACUUUUGAUUUUAAAAAAAUCAGUAAGUUUAAUUUUACAUAUUUAUUAUUACGAGCCAUCUAACAAACGUUUUUGUUAUUAUUAUUACUUUUAUCUGUGAUUCAUCUCUGUGGUAUAUGAUUAUCAAAAGUGUAAAUCAUCGUGAAAGCAGAUGUUCCGUUAAAUGUUGAAGAAUAAAUAAAUAUCAAUUUAUGUUGACAGGGUCGAGUU